GAAUUUUUCAUGUCAUGUAAUUAUAAUUUAUUUUUCUGAUAUUAGGGAGAUUUGCAUCAAAUCAUAUUUAUGUUAAUAAAAUGGAGACUAAGACAUUCAUGUACUUACAGCCCAACCUGCCCUGCGUGGACAACAUGGCUUUUGACAUGGAUCGGAUGUCCCGCAGUCAGACGUCCAGCCAGAGGACAGCGCUGGUGGACUUGUCCUCUGAGACCAGCAUCAGUCUGGAGCCUCUACGCCACUCCAGUUCCUCCCAGCUUCCCUCCGACGAAGAGCUCAUUCCUCGCUCUGGAGAGAUCAACAUUGCUGUCACUACAGGGGGUAAGCUUUCCUUACUGUAGUGCACUGACUGCAUCGCUCCACCUGUUGUUCAGGGACAUCUGUGUGCUGCUGAGGCUGAGCUCAGUGAUGUGAGCAGGUGUCUGUGCUCCACCGCAGUGUGUCCUGCCCUUUACUGCAAUGAAUAUUGUGUACUAGACUUCUUAAGUCACUGCGUGUGUGUCAUGGCACUCUUUGGUCUCUCUUUUCUGACAUUUAAAAAUAAAUUCAAAAUUCUAUGUAACAUAUAUAAUUGUAUAAUUAAUGGGAUAAUGUACAUUCAGCCAGUCAUUAUCAUAAAAUAAACACCUUCAGGAUGAUCACAUUCUAGGUGUUAUUUUGCGAUAAUGACCAUUUGACUUUAUAUUAUUGGUUACGUUUUUAAUAUAUGUAUAUUUUUUUUAUUAAAUCUGUUUAUUGAACUUUUACAAUAACAACAGGAU